AUGGAUGGCUCUUCUCUUGGUAAGCCAGGACCCUCGGGUAUAGGUGAUGUCCUGCGAAAUCAUCAUGGACAUCUUCUUGGUAUUUUUUCUUUGCCAGUUGGGAUUUUAGAUUCCAAUAUAGCUGAGUUGAGAGCUAUUGUCAAAGCUAUUGAGCUCUCAGCCUCUAAGUGUCUCCUCCAUUAUAAGCAUAUUAUCAUUGAAUCCGACUCUACCAAUGUCAUUAGCUGGAUGUAUAAUCCUCAUAACAGACCAUGGAUGCACCAUAAGCUUUUCUCCUCUGUCAUCAGAUUGACUACAUACUUUGGCUCAAUCACCUUCACUCAUGUUUUUCGUGAGAGUAAUUACAUGGCAGAUUUCAUGGCUAAACAGGGAGUGCAAAGAUCAAGCUGUCUGAUAGACCUUGCUUCUCUGUGUGGCAGUGAUCAUGUUGUUAUGCUUGUGAGGAUGUUAAAGGUAGAUCUAUUGAGAGGAAAGCUUCAGUAA